UCCAACUCCCAUUGCACGUUCGUUAAGAUAUUAUACAAGUACGGUGAGAAUAUCUCGUGUUACAUUCGUUUCCUAGAAAAUAUUCCCCUAAAGUUGGGGGGAAUACUGAAGUACGGAACUGGGCAAGGUAUCGAAGGCUAGGAUAUCCAUGGUCUCUGGAGUGGAAGCUUGACAACAAUCUAGCGAUAUUCACAAUCUCGUGAACGGUCGAAAUCUAAUUCCUGGGCUAGCAUUCAAGCUCGGAUGCCGCCCCAGAACCCAUCGGCGUCCCAUAGGCCCUCCAAGUGCAGGCUCCUCCAGCCGCCCGAAAAAAGACUCUCCAAACCACCGAGAGUACACUCUCCGCGAGCACCACCGGCUACGAAGAAGCUUCAGAGGCAUAGGAAGGUUCCCAUCGCUUCCUCUGUACUAUCAUUGUACAUACUACAAUAUGAGUCCUACCCUUACGGUAGCAAACCUGGAGUUCUUCUCGGCGCCUUCUCCGACCUCUAUACUGCUGCUGCAGGAGCCGGAGCUUCUGGUGCUACCGGUCUUCCACAACACGCCCCGACUGAAGAGUUAACCUUCCUUACGAAAUCCGGACGGGUGAAGGUCUUGCGGACGGAGCUACAUACGGAAAGAGGAAUAGACACGAAGAUACCAAAGGCACGCAAGAAUCAACGUGGUACAGCAUGCUUGCCUAUGCGACUCCACCCCGAUGAUAUGGUCUAUAUCGCCCUCGAAGAAGCACCCUCAGGAACAACAUGCAUAGGUGCGUUUACGGAGAAGACUAAGGCUUGGAGCUCUUGUGUGGGACGCCUUACGCAAUCAUCACCUGCGUUUGAUAUGAAUGAAAACGUGACGUGGAUGGAUGAAGAGGGCAUGCCGCAUUUGAGAAGGAAGAUCGUUGGCAGAGGGUGGCAUCAUUGGUUUGUGCGCAUUUAUAGGAUAGAUGAGCUUGUUGACAGCAUGUUAGCAGCGUAGAUAAAUAUAUCGCAUAUAGGAGCAAAAUGGUGCGCACCAUCUUCUC